UGCUCGUAAAAAAGCGCGCACAGGCGUGGACGCACGCGGCCGCGCGUUACUGUGGCCUUGAGCGGUGUUUUCAGACCGCAGUUCCAUAUUUGUCGCGUCGGCGCUGGAUCCAGCAGCUCUGUGCCUGGCCUAGACGCUGGCCGACGCGCAGACGCUAUCGACGCGCAUCACUCAACCUCUCAUAUAUCAUGGCGCUCGCGCGCGCCCUCUACCGCGCGGCGCUGCGCGGCGCGAACGCCGUCGAGCAGGCGGAAGGAGGACUGAUGCAAAUUGUGGGCCCUGUGAACAGCGCCGAGUGGGGCUCAUACCGCCGCCUGACCGCGCAAGACCGCGACGAGCAGCGAGAAGCACUGUUUCCCUGGGCGUCAAGUGAGGAUACACUGUCCGAGCCUGGUGCACUCACCGGCGGGGAGCUACGGGCGCUCGCGCGGCGGCGGUUCCGUUCAACAACAACUGACGCCGACGCGGCCUUGGACGAUGGCUUGGCGGCUCUGAGGGCGUUGAACGACCUCCUGGAAGUGCACGCCGGCAGCGCGUCCCGAGAAACGGCCGGCGUGCGCGUGUCGGCCACCGCUUCUUACGUGGGCAUGGCCAACUCGGGCGCCCACGUCUUCGCGUAUCGGUUGCGCAUCGCGAACAAGCGGCCGGACACCGUGCGGCUCGAGUCGCGGCGCUGGGCGAUCACGGCCUUGCCCGACGGUGAAGAAGAGGAGGUCGUGCCGCGCGGGUCUCCGGGAGUGGUCGGUCAGACGCCGACACUUGGGCAAGGUGCCGAGUUCGAGUACGCGUCGGGCACGGAGCUCCAGGCCGCGGCCGGGACCGUGCGGGGCAGCUUCGAGUUCGUCUCCCUCGAGGGCGACGAGCGCUUCGAGGCCGAGGUGCCGCCCUUUGCGCUGGUGGCGCCUCCCUCCUCCGAGGCUAAUAUGUGAGUG